AUGGGGGAGCGAAAGACAAUGAGGGAAUACACUAGUCCCACAAUUGUUGAUCAUCCUUCUUGUAUUGUGCUCCCUCCAUGUGAGCAUCAUUUUGAGAUCAAGCCAAGUACUUUGAGCUUUGUACCCGUAUUCCAUGGCAUGCUCUCAAAUAAUCCCUAUGAUCAUAUUGCGGAGUUUGAAGAAGUGUGUACUACCGUUCAACUACAUGGUCUCAAUCCCGAUGGUUUGAAGCUUAGAUUGUUCCCUUUCACACUCAAGGACUAUGCGAGGAAGUGGUUAAGUAAGUUGCCUCCUAGAUCCAUAUGCACAUGGGUUGAGAUGCAAGAAACUUUCUUGGGAAAAUAUUUUCCUCCUUCAAGAACUUCCAAUGUUAGAGAUGAGCUUGUUGCAUUCCGACAACUUCCACAAGAAAGUUUUAAUGAGUGUUGGGAGCGAUUCAAGGACUUGGAGAUGUCAUGUCCUCACCAUGGGUUAGAGAAGUGGUUCCUUAUGGACAAGUUCGAUAGAGGAUUGAUGCCGGAUCAAAGGCAAAUGGUUGACACUUUUAGUGGUGGAACUAUUGCAAGUAAACUCCCGGAUGCAGCUUGGGACACAUACGAGGAGCUUUCUCUCAACUCCCUUCAAUGGGAUGAUCUUGAUACAAGGAGACGUCAAGUGCAUAACAAGGAGAGUAUACCUAACCUAGGUAGUAUUUAUGAGGUUCAAGGGACAUCAACUGGGCCUUCUAUGCAUGAAUUCAAAAGGUUAGAAGGCAAGAUUGACCAAUUUCUAAAUCAAGUUAACCGGAACCCUCCUCAAGCACAAGUCAAGAUGGCGACUUCUACACCAUGUUUUCUUUGUGAGAGCCUAGCACAUUCCACUCAAGAGUGCCAUUUAUCUUCUCAAUAUCCGGAAUUUAUGGAGGAGCAUGUUAACCAAGUGGGUAGUUUUGUGCCAAGGAACCCAAGAAAUGAUCCAUACUCCAACACUUAUAACCCCGGUUGGCGAAAUCACCCCAAUUUUUCUUGGAAAGAUGCAAGGUAG